AUGUUACCGGCCGUCGAUCCAUAUGGUGUCCACAUGCGAGCGAUGUGCGGCGACCGCAACGACGACGCCGAAAACGAAAACGCUCGCGCGCCGCCCGACCCGUGGUUGGCCGCGCGGUACGUGCCCGACAUGCAGGAUGCGCUGCAGCACGUGCAGGUCCUCGACCUGGGCCACGUCCGCGACCUGGACGAGGCCGCUGCCCUGGGCGUGCGUGCAGCCACGGUCCGGAUUCUCACCGUCUCAAUCUUCAGCGUACACCACACCCAGCAACGCGGGUGGCAUUCGUGGCAUAACCCCCGUGCUGCAGCGGCACCUGUCCCGACCUGGCCGACAGACCUGGCGCCGACGCGGCUGGUGCUGUGGGUGAGCGUGCCGUUCGAGAGCGGCGUACCGCUCCGCCUGCGCAGGCUUCGCCGGCUCGUCCUGGUUCUGACGUAUGGCUGGGAGUGCAGCGCGUGGGACCCUGCCGCCCUCGACCUCGACGUCGGGGAGGGAGGCAUACCCGAGAUUGUGGUCCAGUGCCACAAGAGACCAACGGAGACGGUCUGCGGCUGUAUCAGCCAUCCAAGCGACAGUGCGGGGCUGAGCGCCAUGCUCGAGCCGCUGAUGGGACCCGAUACGCGUCUGACGCUCAUCGACCCGCCACGGGACGGGCCACUGCCAGACGCAGAGGUCAUCCCCCUCGAUAUGUGGAACCGCGACGCGGACCCCGUGGAGAUUAGCUGGGAGGGGAUACAUGGUGACCGCGUGUGGCGGCCGUGGAUUGGCUGUCGGAGGCGGGCCGUGGAGUGA